GCAGCUAGUCACCUAUUUUAUAGUUUCAUUACAUAAAAUGAAGUCAGACUUGUAUUAGUUGGACAGAGGCAUAUCAGCUUGACAUAUUUGAAACUUGAUCAAGCUUUAAUGUCAAAAUACUUUUCAAUCUCAAUUAAUUAUAUGCAACCCUUGAAUUUUCUUGAUCUCCUUCAAAUUAAUCAACACACCUUUAGGUUCGUUCCUGCCCUUAAUCGUCAUAUGCUCAAACAUUAUUGGUUAAAAAAUAAGCAGGUCACCUCACUUUUUUACCCCCAAAUGCCGGAUGACUUUUGAAAUUUCGAAAAUGAACAAGAAUUUUGUGUCCAAAAAGGAAAAAGAAAAAGAUAACUGAUAUUGGGUUAUUUGUUAAACUGGGUUUUGCUUGGCUGCGUUUCUGAGAACACACAACAAUGGCAGCUGGGACAACAACCAGGAGAAUUUCAGCAGCCUCAGCUAGGGUUCAUACCCGAAAAUCGAAACCCACGACUUAUUUGAAAAUCUCAGGUAUAUUCAAGAAAAUUCUAUUCGUCUCCUUUGUGGGAUUAUUUGCGUGGGCUUAUCAAGCAACACUACCUCCUAAACCCAAGACGUGCGGCUCGCCAAACGGGCCUCUAAUCACAGCACCAAGAUUACAGCUCAAAGAUGGUAGAUUCUUGGCUUACACUGAAUUCGGAGUCCCAAAGGACAAAGCGAAGCACAAAAUAGUCUUUGUUCAUGGUUUUGAUUGUUGCAAGCACGAUUUUUCUGCCAUAACUUCACAACUCUCCUCGGAUAUCGUGGAAAAUGAGGAAGUGUACAUUGUCUCAUUCGACAGACCCGGUUAUGGAGAGAGUGAUCCGAAUCCUAAGCAGACAGUGAAAAGCAUUGCUUUUGAUAUUGAGGAGCUUGCAGAUCAAUUGGGUUUAGGAUCGAAGUUUUAUAUUGUUGGGUUUUCUUUGGGUGGACAGAUUGUGUGGACAUGCCUCAAGUACAUUCCUCAUAGGCUUGCGGGAGCAGUUUUGCUAGCACCGGCUAUUAAUUACUGGUGGCCAGGCCUCUCUUCAAGCGUGACCCGAGAAGCAUAUAAGCAGCAGCUACUGGAGGACCAAUGGGCCAUGCGUGUGGCCCAUUAUGUGCCUGGGCUCAACUACUGGUGGAAUACCCAGAAAUUAUUCCCCGGUUUUAGCCUUAUUGCUCAGAGCCCUAGAGUACUUUCCCGCCAAGAUGCCGAAUUAAUUCCGAGGGUUAUCUCUAUACGGGAGGAGUAUCAAGCACAGGUAAGACAACAAGGGGAGUUUGAGUCCCUCCACCGAGACCUAGCAUUCAUGUUCGGGACAUGGGAUUUCGACCCAACGGAUUUAAAGAAGCCAUUUUCGGAAAAUGAUGAUGAAGGGCCGUUUGUCCACUUAUGGCAUGGUGACGAGGACCGAAUUGUCCCCGUCACAUUGCAACGGGACAUUGCCCGUAAGCUUCCGUGGGUUCGCUAUCACGAGCUAACGGGCGCCGGUCACAUGUUUCCUUUUGCAGAUGGCAUGGAUGAUUCCAUCAUUACAACACUUUUAGCUGGAAAAAAGUAAUGGAUUUUUCAUGGGGAGUGUGUGUAUGGGGAGAAUGGAUUUUUCANGUUGUUGUUGUUCUAUGCUU